AUGUCCCUAAAUAACAUAACAUUUUGUGUGUCACAGGACCUCGAUAUUCCCUUGAAAGUGAAAAUUAAAUCAUUGGAAGGUCAGAAACCUCUUUUGAAGCCAUCCCAGAAACUUCUGAACCCUGAACUUUCAUUGGUAGCGUCCAAUGUGUUUCCUCAUAGCGAUCUAGUUGUAUCAUUACAGGUGUUCGAUAAGGAAAGAAAUAGAAAUUUGACGCUUCCAGUAUACUCACCGUAUAUUCCUUUUAAAAAUUCUAGGACUUGGGAUUAUUGGUUAACUUUGCCCAUACGCAUAAAGCAAUUAACGUUUAGUAGUCACUUGCGUAUAGUUUUGUGGGAAUAUGACGGGUCUAAGCAAGUCUCAUUCUUUCAAUUGGAGACAAGCAUUUUCAAUCCGGUGGAUUGUGCGCUAAAGAGAGGGUUUGAAUCAUUAAAGUUUUGCUAUGAUAUCAUUGACCACUGUGAAGUAGUUACUGAUAACAAAGAUCAAGAAAAUUUAAAUAAAUAUUUCCAGGGUGAAUUUGCAAGACUUCCGUGGCUUGAUGAAAUCACAAUAAAUAAGCUGAGAAAACAACGUGAAAAAAGGACCUGGCCUCAGGGUAUUUUUAUACUAAAUCUAGAGUUCCCCAUGUUGGAACUUCCUGUUGUGUUCACUGAGAGAGAAAUCAUGAAUACCCAAAUAAAUAUCCCGACUUUGAAGAACAAUCCUGGGCUGAGCACCGACUUACGAGAACCAAAUAGGAACGAUUCUCAAACCAAAAUUUCUUUGGGAAAUAAAUAUCACUCUACUCUGAAAUUUUACGACCCUGACCAACCUAACAAUGAUCCAAUAGAAGAAAAGUACAGGAGACUAGAAAGGACGUCCAAAAAUGCAAAUUUGGAUAAACAAGUGAAACCCGACAUUAAGAAAAGAGACUACUUGAAUAAGAUCAUCAACUAUCCUCCAGGCACGAGGUUAACCGCGCAUGAGAAGGGUUCCAUAUGGAAGUAUAGAUAUUACCUCAUGAACAAUAAAAAAGCGCUCACAAAAUUAUUACAAAGUACAAAUCUGAGAGAAGAAUCGGAAAGAGUAGAAAUCUUGGAGUUGAUGGAUUCAUGGGCCGAGAUUGAUAUAGAUGAUGCUUUGGAACUGUUAGGCUCAACAUUCAAAAAUCUUUCGGUUAGAUCAUACGCUGUAAAUAGGCUUAAAAAAGCAUCUGACAAGGAAUUAGAACUGUAUCUAUUGCAAUUGGUAGAAGCUGUCUGUUUCGAAAACCUUUCUACUUUUUCCGACAAAUCUAAUAGUGAAUUUACCAUUGUAGACGCAGUUUCUUCGCAAAAGCUGUUGGGUGAUUCCAUGUCACUUUCAACAUCACAUGCUAAUCAAAAAUUACUGAAGUCCGUUUCAAGCGGUUCUGAAAUCUCCGGAACCGAAUCACUACCCAUUGUGAUUUCGCCUUUAGCCGAGUUUUUAAUUAGGAGAGCAUUGGUGAACCCUAGAUUGGGGAACUUUUUUUAUUGGUAUUUGAAAUCUGAAUCAGAAGACAAGCCUUAUUUAGAUCAGAUUCUAAAUUCCUUUUGGAGUAGAUUAGAUAAAAAAUCUCGGAAUAUACUAAAUGAUCAAAUCAGAUUAAUCAACAUACUUCGAGAAUGUUGUGAAGUCAUUAAAAAGCUAAAGGAUACCACAGCCAAGAAGAUGGAGUUGUUAGUACAUUUACUAGAGACAAAAGUUAGGCCACUAGUCAAAGUACGGCCAAUUUCUUUACCACUAGAUCCAGACGUGUUAAUAUGCGACGUCUCUCCUGAAACAUCGAAGGUAUUUAAAAGUUCUUUGUCGCCAUUGAAAAUAACAUUUAAAACGACAUUGAAUCAACCAUACCAUUUGAUGUUCAAAGUUGGCGAUGACUUAAGGCAAGAUCAGCUGGUAGUACAAAUCAUUAGCUUAAUGAAUGAGUUACUAAAGAACGAAAAUGUGGACUUGAAAUUAACGCCAUACAAGAUCCUAGCUACGGRGCCACAAGAAGGUGCUAUUGAAUUCAUUCCUAACGAUACAUUAGCUAGUAUACUAAGCAAACAUCAUGGCAUUCUUCCUUAUCUAAGGCUUCACUAUCCCGAUAAGAAUACUGAACUGGGCGUACAGGAUUGGGUACUAGACAACUUUGUCAAAUCCUGUGCUGGUUAUUGUGUUAUCACAUACAUUUUAGGUGUGGGAGAUAGACAUUUAGACAAUUUACUAGUCACCCCAGAUGGGCAUUUCUUUCACGCAGACUUUGGUUACAUUCUAGGCCAGGACCCUAAACCCUUUCCACCUUUAAUGAAACUUCCACCUCAAAUUAUAGAAGCAUUUGGAGGUGCGGAAUCAUCAAACUACGAUAAAUUUCGUAGCUACUGCUUUGUGGCAUACUCAAUUUUAAGAAGAAAUGCGGGAUUAAUUUUAAACCUAUUUGAAUUAAUGAAAACGUCGAACAUACCAGAUAUCAGAAUAGACCCCAAUGGUGCCAUCUUACGUGUAAGAGAAAGAUUCAAUUUGAAUAUGUCCGAAGAAGAUGCCACGGUGCAUUUCCAAAAUCUAAUCAAUGACAGUGUAAAUGCUUUACUACCUAUCGUGAUCGAUCACUUACAUAACCUUGCUCAAUACUGGCGGGCUUAA